AUGCUGCGAGUUUGGAAGCUGACGGGUGAGGAGUUGGUCUCCGUGUCGCCAGAGGAGCUGAGCCUGUUGAGCACUGCUAGGACUUUGAAGAGCCACCUGAGCAGGCUCCACGGCUUUCCAGAAACGUUGCAGCAGCUCCUUUACGAUGGCUGUCUGUUGAAAGAUGCGGAGAGAUUGCCGGCACCUGCAGAUUUACAACUCGUCUUGCAGCCCUCCUUGCACAAAGACGCACAAUCCGACGAGCUCCUCUAUGCCAUCCAUCACGGCUACACCGAAGCUGUUCGACUCCUUUUGGCAGCUGAUGCCUUCAAUCAGCUGACGACUUUGCAAAGAUGCGAGGCUUUCGUGCAGGCAGCCGACCACGAUGUCGACGCUAACCGUGUUGAGAUUAUGCGCUUGCUGCACCGCUACGCGCAUACUGGUGAUGUUAACCCCCCUGCCUACCUCGACGGACUCAACGGAAAGGUCCCUCUUGUGCGUGCCGCUCAACGUGGGCAGCAU